UCCGGGGGCUCGUCAGGAGGAAUCAGGAAAACCAGGCUGUUGUUUUGACUCCGAAUUACCUCCCGAGCUGAAUCUGUGAAAUUCCGGGUUCAUGCCGGAUUUCGAGCACUUCAGAUUUUCCUACUCGAGCAUGAAUCCGGUCCUGGGGGAGAGCGGCUUCCUGGGCCCGCAGCUGCAGCAUCACCAGAUGCCGGGCCAGGCCGACUCCGCCAUCCCGGAGCCGGGAUACUUCCUCGGGGACCACGGUGGAUUUGGCCCCGAUGGGCUCUCCGGGCUGGAUCUUGGGGCCCUCCCACCAUCGGGCCUGGCCUACCUGCACCUGAGCUCGCCCCUGCACCGCGUGCCGCCCGCGGCCACGGCGCUGCGCAACGACCUGGGCUCCAACAUCAGCGUGCUGAAGACCCUCAACCUGCGCUUCCGCUGCUUCCUGGCCAAAGUGCACGAGCUGGAGCGCAGGAACAAGGUGCUGGAGAAGCAGCUGCAGCAGGCUCUGGAGGAGAACAGCGCAGGGGACGGCCACCACAAGCCCCUGACCAAAGACAUGGGGGUCCAGACCGGAUUCAUCGGGCCCAUCCCAGGCAGGCCGGGCCACAUGCCGCUCCACAACGCCAACAGCUCGGCCUACCUCCCCGGCGGCCUCCUCUCCCCCACCCUGAACCCCCCUCCCCUCUGCGACAACAAAUACCUGCCGGGGAACAACCUGAACGCGGAUUCCAACUCCAACUUCUCCGUCAGCCCGGCGCUGAGUCCCAGCGACCCCACCAGGACCAUCGCCUCCAACAUCAACGAGAGGUUCUCCGCUCACACCGGGACCGGCACCACCAGCGGGGCCCCCCACCCGGCCCCCCCGCCUCCUCCGCCGCCCCCUCCGCGCUUCCUCCCCGGCACCAUCUGGUCCUUCAACCACACGCGCCGUUUCGGCGCCGGGAGGGAGUCGUGCGUCGCGGGACCGGGCGUCUCGUGGACGCACCCGGACGGGGUGGGGGUGCAGAUCGACACCAUCACGCCGGAGAUCAGGGCGCUGUACAACGUGCUGGCCAAGGUGAAGAGGGAGAGGGACGAGUACAAGAGGAGAUGGGAGGAGGAGUACACAGCCAGACUGGACCUGCAGGAGAAGGUGGCUGAACUGGAAGAGGACCUGCAGGAGAGCGAGGUGUGUCAGGACGAGCUGGCUCUGCGGGUGAAGCAGCUGAAAGCGGAGCUCGUCCUCUUCAAAGGACUCGUCAGUAACGACCUGUCAGACCUGGACAGCAAGAUCCAGGAGAAGGCCAUGAAGGUGGACAUGGAUAUCUGCCGCCGCAUCGACAUCACGGCCCGCCUCUGCGACGUCGCCCAGCAGAGGAACUGCGAGGACGUCAGCCACAUCUUCCAGGUCCCAACGCCGCCGUCCACUCUGAGCCGCCGGGUCCGGAAGCAGAGCGGCCAGUCGCAGAAGAGCGCCGACGGAGACGAGCUGAGCAUGUCCGAGAGCGAGGGGGGCGGAGCCAAAGACGAGGAGUCGUCCUGCAGCACCUCGGCCAAUCAGAUCAACGAGCAGAUGCAGAGGAUGCUGAACCAGCUGAGGGAGUGUGAGUUUGAGGACGACUGUGACAGUCUGGCCUGGGAGGAAACUGAGGAAACUCUUCUGCUCUGGGAGGAUUUCCCUGGAUGUGCUCUGGGAGUGGAAACACAGGGGGAGCUGCAGGAGGAGUCCAUCGAGGACGUCAUCAAAGACACAGAGAGUCUAUUUAAGUCCAGAGAGAAGGAGUACCAGGAAACUAUCGACCAGAUCGAGCUGGAACUGGCCACAGCCAAGAGCGACAUGAACCGCCACCUGCACGAGUACAUGGAGAUGUGCUCCAUGAAGAGAGGCCUGGACGUCCAGAUGGAGACGUGCAGGAGACUCAUCACGCAGAGCGGAGACAGAAAGUCGACGUCGCUCAUCCCGCUCAUGGUGGACGACUCGGACGUGGAGGAGAAGGACAGGAAGAAGCCGACUCCGCCCGGCGACUCUGAGAGCCACGACUCCUGCUGCGACGUCAACGCCGCUAUCCCGCCUCUGACCUGGAGGAAACCCUAACACACCUCCAUGGAAAACACA